UGCCGGCGAGCGACGUUUGUCGAUACACGUUUGGAUUUUUUAAUUUGUGCCGUUUUAUUAAUUUAGCGUAAAUUUUGGUAUUUCGUUACUUUGAGUUCUAGUUCCAGUAAAAUGCCACGGAAACCGUGCUACUGGACACGUAGACUUGAGUUAGAUUUAGUAGAAUUUGUACGUCAGCGGGAUUUUAUAUGGAAGCCUAUCGGGAAUACAAAUCAUCAUAUUCAACAAAAAUACAAAGCGUACGCCGAGUUUGCUGCGACCCUGGGCCGAGGGUUUACUGCUCGUUCAGUCCGCGACCGUUGGGUGAACAUCCGCAGCACUUACAACCACAAUCUGCGGCGUGUGAACAAGUCAAGGGAAACAGCUAGGACUCAAGCCGAUGUGUAUGUUCCUUGUUGGCCUCUCUGGAAACCUUUGCAGUUCUUGAGAAGCGUUCCUGACAAAGACGAUGACUAUGAGGGCUAUCCUUCAGGACACACUGACUUGAAAGGACGUCUCUCUGGUAUCCAAGUUAAAGAAGAGUCUCAUUCAGAUGCUGAUGACACCCUAACCAUUCGUCAAAGAGGGCAGCGAACUGACAGACCACGCUGGAGGCCUAAAGUUAUCACUAAAACAAAAAACAGUAAAUGCAAGAGAGUAAUAGAAGAUUUAGUAAAAGCUAUGAAGCCCUUAAGAAAUAUGUCAACUUCAGAACAAGGAAUGCAAAGUUACUGGUUCUUUGGAAAGCAUGUCACUGAACGCUUAAAUUGUAUGAGCGAUAUAGAUGCAAAAAAUGCGAGGUGUAACAUUUUGAAGGUGUUGGAAGAAUUUGAUGGUGCGGAAGAUCUGUUGAGCACUCAAGAUGUUGAUAUGACCUGAUCACAGUGUGACGAAAUUUGAAUUACUUGGCUGCUUGAAAAAAGCAUACUUGGUUGAAGUUCAGACUACAACUUUUCUGUCUUCCUCUGUUAGGAAAUGUUCGACCUAUGUUUCUAGAAAGCAUCUCGCAUUUCUUUUUCUUGUUGUUUUCUCAUUGCUGAGGUUUGUGAUUGUAUGUCUUUUUUUCACUGGGAUGUUAAGUACUGAUUGUUGUAUAUGGACCCUACUUCCUGCGUGAUUUGACCCACAUUGCUUUAUUAAUCUUUACCCUAGAAGGUUUGUAGUUUAUUUCUUGUAGCUUUUUUAAACAGAAACUGUUGUUACCUAUUUGGUUUUUGUACUUAUCUGUCCCUAAUAUGCUAGUAUCAUUGUGUUGUUGAAAAUAUCCAAUGGAAAAUACUAAUAAAAAAAAAUAAUUUACAAACAGUCUAUCAAAGGAAGCAAUUAGUAGUUUGCAAAAUAUAAGCAACAUUUCUUAUUUGGUUUAAUUAUGUACUAAAAUGAGUAUUUAUUUUCAUAAUGAAGUUCUAAAUCAAUUUAAAAGGAUAGCAAUAAAACGAGUGACUGUAAAUUACAGUUCUAAGUGUCAAAAUUAAUUAAUUUGGGUUAUAGAAUUACUAAGUGAGCGACUGACUGCGAGUGACGAGAAAUCAACAGAACAGCAACUUAGAAACAUUAAUUUGAGUUACUUAAAAUACAUAAUGAGCAGCUUCAUAAUAUUUGAGCGACCUAAUAUUUGUUUGCGGGUCAACGUUACGUCCUGCAUUUUUUUAAAUAUUUGGCAAAUGUAUUUUUUAUACUGAGCGGCAUUUUAUCUUAAAUGAAGUGUUUCGAAUACAAAAACCACUUUGAAAAAUACACUGAUGAGCAGAGUAUAAUGAGCCCACAUUUAAUAAAAAACAAAAAUAAUAUGAAAUAACUAUUUGAAGAAACACUAUUCUAUUAGUUGAGAAAUUUUAUUAUCGAAAUAUAAGGGUAAUUAAAUAAAACAAUGGUGCUAAUUCCUGUAAAUACCAUCUAAUUUUAUUUUAAGUUAUAUCUGUCCUUUUCUUAUCCGCCGAAAAGGAAAGGGACGGGUAAUCGACAAGCAUAAAAUUUAUGGAACACACGUCAAUUUUAAGCACAAAUCUAAACCAACCGUCUAAAAAUUUUACGUCAGUCAAUAACCCGACACAUUAAUUUACUCAUUCUUCCUAAAAUUAAGAGCUGUGAAUCAUCCGUCCCUUUCCUUUUCGACGGAUACGAAAAUGACGGAUAUAACCUAAAAUAAAAUUAGGCGGUGUCUGCAGGAAUCGGGGCCAAUGUACUCCGUAAAAAUAAAGUAAUAUGCAUGCAUUUAUUUCAAUCAAAUGAACAAAAAAUAAAAUAAGACGCUUCAGUCACCUAAAAAAAAAACUUCUUAUUAAUACUAAGAAACAUUGAUAGGUAUGAGGAGCCCUACUACUCAUCGUCACUGGUAAAUAAGUGCUGGCUUGGACUUAGUGGGCCGGCCUCGUUUUCUUUUUUGUCCAAUGGGUAUCAUUUUUGCUUCCAGUGGUGGUGUUGUUAGUUUGAGCCGAAUUGCUAGCCCCAAAACGUGUUUGCAUACAUAUCUAUUGAAAAAUUCGGGACAGUCGCACGAUCCUUUUUGCCAGUCCAAAUUUGGCAAUGUGGUUUUCUGGAAAGCAACUGACUGCUUUUUAUACUCGUCAAAAGUCUGCCAACGAUCAUUAUAGUUUAAAUCUGUAGCAUUUUCGUUGCAAAUCAAAUAUACUUUUUUGGUAGGAUCCGAUGCUACUAUCUUUAUAUUUAUGCUUUUCUUCGCCCAGACGUAAGCUUCCGUCCAUUGUCGAAGCUCAAUAGUAGGUGCCUCAGGUAACGAAGAGUUUGCUAAUGACCACUGGGCUACCAUAUCGGUAGCAACAGACAGAAAUCGCGACAGAGGAAAUCGUUCUCGCAAUGUAUUAUGGUCUUUUAUGUUUCUAUUAAACGACUCGAGGGCAUUAUUUGUCGAUGGCGACAUAGGUGCUGCACCUAAGAACCAAUUGCGAUUCUUUCUGAACCAUUCCUCUUCCAUGUACUUUACAAAGGUGGUUUGUGUUUUCCAUUUCUCAAGGAAAGCUUGCGAAGCGGCAUUAAACACUUCGAGUGAAGCUGCGUUAUGCAAAGCAUCUACAUCCCUCAAAACGCUUUUUUGUUCCUUUUUUGGCACAAUUUUUUCAACUUUCUUUUGUAUAUUUAUUUUAGCAUGUGCCCAGCACAUACGAAUAGUCGGUUCUUCACCAAAAACAUCUGAAAAUGCGUUUUUUAUACUUUGAGCUGCGUCGCAGAUCAGAACUCUGGGUUUCAUUGUGUAAUCGUAUAAUUGCAUAACUUUGUCCUUUAUUCCUUGGAACAUUGUCUGAAAAUCUUCUUGGCGCUCAUUUGUAGCUACUCCCAAGCAAAUAGGAUGAAACUUGCGAUUUUUAUCCGUAGUGCCAACAAUCAGCACCGGAAAUCCCUGCCAUAUCAGUUUGUAAGUGGCAUCAGUGUGUAUGAGUUCCGUGAAUAAAAUUGUUUUCAACAAUGUUUUUGUAGAUAGAUUGAAUCGGAAACUUGGCUGAUCACCUUCAAUAACGUGGUAACUAAUGACGAAAACCUCGUUGUCAUCUUCUGGAAUAGCGGUACGUUUAAAUAUCCACUGCUCUAAUUCGCCCAGACAAAUACCCGAUUUUCCAAAUUUUUGUGCUCUGAGAUCCGACAAAUAAUUGUAGAGUUGCCUUUUUGAUGGUAAGUGUAUUCCUUCUAUUUUAGCAAGUUCUGAUAAAAUUGCUUUGGGUUUCAAGCGUAAAUUAAACAAUUUCUUAAUUUCCUCCUUUGUAUUCUCGUGAAUGCCGUAAGUAUCUCGGGUACCAAUAGCACUAUGGUUAUGUUCUGAGUCAGUUUGAUACACGUUUACCUUAUCGUCAUCAUUAAAUUUAGGUGUGGGUAAAAAUUCAUGAACCUUACACGUGGUUGACUGUUUGUUUAUCUUAUUUGGAGUUCCAGAAUUCGGAGAUUUUUUUGAGAGCAAGGACAGUGUCAAAUUCUCAGUGUCUGUGCCUGACCCAUCUGAAUCAUUUCCAGUUGAAGUCGCCUGUUCCCUCAAUGCAUCAGAUAAGACAGCAAUAUUCUCCCUGUGUGAAGGAACUGGGAGUUCUGACAACGCAGAGGGCGCAAACGCCUCUUCAGGAAUAGCAUCAUACAUUUCGGCCAUACCUGUGAUAGAAUUACAUUGAAGCUUUUCUUGUUAAGGGAUCGUUCGGGAUGUUGACUGACGUAUAUAAUCAACUCUUGGUCCCAAUGGUGCUCAAAAGAACGAUAAACAGAUUUAUCCUUGGGCUGUAAUUCAUGCGUCGUAUUUCACGGAAGACAAUAUAAAGUAAUGCCACAUUUCUCAGCUUCCUCGACAAUAGUAAAGUCCAGGUGGCAUUUUGCACCAUCAAAUAUGAGGAGACAUGGCCCUGAUGUUCUGUAUUUAUUCAAAUGAUUAAUAAACUCUAUGAAAGUCUCUGUCGUCAUACUUCCUUUUGGCGUCAUCUUCACCAGAGAGCCUGGAGGUAAAUUAUCUUGGAAUUCCGGCUUUAAUCUCUUGCCUUUAAACAGUAUCAUUGACGGAAUAGCUGAUCCUAUAGCGUUUCCGCAGCCUACCACAGUCACACUUUCAGCGUGCUCAUUCGCUAUUUGAUGAACCCUCUUUCUCCCUCUGGCUGUCAGAACUUCCUGCUGAUGGUGCAAAGAUAUGCGGCAAUUUUUUCCAUCGAUGUUGUAAAUGGUUUCAGGUUUAUGUUCAAUUCCCAGUCUAUCCAGCACGCUUUUGUAUUUGGAAAAGUGAUCGCCAACAAUAUUUAAUUUUUGAGCACGAGCUGGAUUCAUCAUCUGUGCUUUACGACGUGCUAACUCAGGGUGUCGUUUGAGAAAUAACCUCAACCAUUUUUGCCCCGGAGCAUUUUUAGCAUCAUUAAAAGUGUUAGGAAUUUUCUUAAUUUUACAGAAUGAAAAAGCCUGUACGCGCAACAUUUUUGAAGUCAUCGGCACUCCAACAUCAGCCAAACGUAUGAUUCUUCUGACAAGUCUAGCUUCAUGUUCUGUAGUCGCCGACCGACCUAGCUUUCGUAUAGUCGAACCACUCUUUAGAUGGUUGCGUAGGGUUCUUCUUGGGAUGUUAUAUCUGGUAGCAGCAGCAUAUGUAGAUAACAUACCCCUUUCUACCAUUUUUACAGCGUUUUCCAUCUGUUGCGAUGUCCAUUGAGCCCUUCUUUUCCUUGUGGUAGAAGCUGGUGACCCGCUUUCCAUGAUGUUACUAAAAACAAGAGUUUACUAUUUUACUGUGAUACUUUUCUAACUCAAAUAAAACAUUCAAAUCUAGCACAAAAUGUAGGUACGAAUAAAAAUACUUACUGUUUAUUCUGCCAGAAUUUUAUAAAAACAAGCGUACGCUUCGCGUCGUGAUUGUUUUCGACUGCAGGUUCCAACACGUUCGUGGCACGGGCUGCUUGUGUGCGUUAGUUAAUGUACACGCACACUUCUACAAACAUUAGCGGCCAUUUGAAAUCGAGAAGCGGGAAAUUUUAAAAAUAGGCCUUAUUAGGACAUAGGCUUUACUUGGGUCACCCACCUUAUAUGAACAACAAUGACAUUAA